GGUUUCUCUGUGCUUAAACACGAUGGACUUGACGCAGCUGGAUGAAGCUGUAGGACGAGCAGGAUAACGGGAACCGAGCGGAGAACUGAAGAGAACCGCGUCAGUGUGACAGAACCUCGGCCUCUAUUGUGUAACUCUGGCGCGCAGCUUCCGUGAUGUUCCGUUGGUAACGGGUGGAGGUGCACCUGAGCGCGCGGCGAGUGGCCACUAGUGUCCGCCCAGAUCCGCUCGGAGGACGGAGGAGCAGCGGGAGGAGACUGAGGGCGCAGCAUCACCGACAGCUCAUCAGCAAAACACGCAGCGGCCAUUGGAGAGGAGCCGAGCAGAGGAGCCCGCGGACCCGAGUGGAGGACCAGAGGGAUGCUGCAGCUGAGGUGGGCCCCGACCCACAGUCCCCUGACAUCACCACCCGCCGCGAGAACCAGAUCCAGUCCCGGAAACUGAGCAGACACCGGCUCCGGCUCGGGUAGAUGCACCGCGCUGAUCGGGUUUGUGUGUGAGGAGACGCGCCUGUCUGAGCAGAGAUGAUACACAUCCGGUUCUGAGGACGACCACGAUGAUGCUGCACACAGUUCGGCUCCGAUAGAACCCGACCUCGAGACUGGACCCCGAUCUGCUUCCUACCUCCUCCUUCGCCCCGAUUGGCUGACUCUACAUCUUCUUUGACUCCAUCCUUCCGCGCACCUGUGCACAGGCCCUUGAUCCAGGUCCGCCAUGGAGACCACCAAGCUCCCCCCCAGCCCCUCCUCCCCCACCACCAGCUUCUCGGUCCCGUCCGCGGAGAAGGUGGACGGUUUCCCGCGCAGGUCCAUGCGCAGAGCACGGCAGCGGAGGUCCCACAGCUCCUCGCAGUUCCGGUACCAGAGCUCCCAGGUGGAGCUGACCCCACUGCCCCUGCUCAAAGACGCCCCUGUGGCAGAACUUCAUGACCUCUUCUGCAAGAAGCUGCAGCAGUGCUGCGUGCUCUUCGACUUCCUGGACUGUGUCGCAGACCUGAAGGGGAAGGAGAUCAAACGUGCAGCUCUCAAUGAACUGGUGGAGAGUGUUGCCACCAGCAGAGGGGUCCUCAUUGAACCUCUCUACCCAGAGGCCAUCAAGAUGAUCUCAGUGAAUAUCUUCCGGACCCUUCCGCCCAGCGAAAAUCCAGAGUUUGACCCUGAAGAAGAUGAGCCAACGUUGGAGGCCUCUUGGCCGCACCUGCAGCUGGUUUACGAAUUCUUCCUGCGUUUCCUGGAGAGUCCGGACUUCCAGCCUUCGAUGGCUAAACGUUACGUUGACCAGAAAUUCGUCCUACAGCUGUUGGAACUGUUUGACAGUGAAGACCCCCGGGAGAGGGAGUACCUGAAGACCAUCCUUCACCGCGUUUAUGGGAAACUUCUGGGGCUGCGAGCCUACAUCCGCAAACAGAUCAACAACAUCUUCCUGCGAUUCAUUUAUGAAACCGAACAUUUCAACGGUGUCGCGGAGCUGCUGGAGAUCCUGGGAAGCAUCAUCAACGGCUUUGCGCUUCCGCUGAAAGCUGAACACAAGCAGUUCCUGGUUCGAGUCUUGAUCCCACUGCACACCGCCAAGUCCCUGUCAAUCUUCCACGCACAGCUGGCCUACUGUGUGGUGCAGUUCAUGGAGAAAGACGCCACAGUGACUGAAUAUAUCAUUAGAGGACUGCUCAAGUACUGGCCCAAAACCUGUACACAGAAGGAGGUGAUGUUCCUUGGCGAGAUCGAGGAGAUCCUGGACGUCAUUGAACCAUCCCAGUUCAUCCGAGUCCAGGAACCGCUCUUCAAGCAGAUCGCCGCCUGCAUCUCGAGUCCUCACUUCCAGGUGGCAGAGCGAGCGCUCUACUUCUGGAAUAACGAGUACAUCCUCAGCCUGAUAGAGGAGAACUGUCAGGUGAUCCUGCCACUGGUGUUUGCCACACUCUACAGAGUCUCCAAGGAGCACUGGAACCAGACGAUUGUCUCCCUGAUCUACAAUGUGUUGAAAACCUUCAUGGAGAUGAACAGCAAGUUGUUUGAUGAACUCACUGCCUCGUACAAAGUGGAGAAGCAAAAGGAGAUGAAGCGGGAGCGGGAGCGAGCUGAGCUGUGGCGAGGUCUAGAGGAGCACCAGGAGCGCUGGCUGCAGAUGCUGACAGAGGCCGCCCGCAACCAGCGGAACCUGCAGGAGCGAGGAGGAGACCCCCCGACGCCCUCGUCCCCCCAGACCGCCCACCUCAACCAGCCCGAACCCAAACCUAGCGGAGCCUCCGCCGCUGCGGGUCAGAGUGCUACCUAGAGGUCACCUGAGGGGGUCAUGAGGGGUUAGAGGGAUGCAAUAUCGAGAAACAAAGGUGGAACAACUUUAUUCUUAAAUUGCAGAGUUUGUGAGCUACACAUCUGUGAUUCAAGAAAAGAGUUUGGUGGAUCACUGAUGAUGGAUUGCUGAUCACAGGACCAAUAUCAUUUUCUAAUCCAAUGAUCUUCAAUUGCUUCCCCGAAUGGACGCGCGUCAGCUGUGACCUUUCAUUGGCUGAACCACAAACACGGCCCUGGAAGUCAGACUCCAGGAGCGCGUCUGAAUAAAUCGUCAGUGACACAACACGAGGUCACAUGACCACUUGAAUCAAAGCAGCGACGUCAGUCGACUCAAAGCGUCAUAUUGAUCCUGUGAUCACUGAUGCCUAUGGAACAUGUAGGCUAAGAAAGCAAGCAAUGACACACGCUCACACAUACACACACACACACACACACACACUCCCCGACACUAUAUUUCUGUAUAUAUAUAUGAGAAGACAGAGCUAAAGACAAAGAAUCCAGGUACAACUUCACACACCAACAAUGGAAUGCACUAAACUAUUGAGAUAAAACAACCAACUACACUCCCAUGCACACACACACACACACACACACACACAAAUGCGUAACUGUGGGGUUCCGCCUGAGGAGGAGCCUCAACUCCCUCAGCUACCGACGAUGAAGAUAUAAAAGUACAAUACAGAUCCUUCUUGUUACUCUACUACUACUCCUACUUAAAAUACUACUGAUGAUGAUGUUUUUAUAAAUAUAAAUAUUAUAAAUCUACAUACGAUGUAUCUCUGGAUGUUUCUGCCGUGUGCGGCGGCAGAACUACUUGUGUAGCAGCAACAUUAAAAGGGAGCUCCGUCUGUUUAAGGCCAUAACGCAGCAGAACUCCCCUUUAAAGAGCAGACAGGAGGGGCGGAGCACACCUGGGAGGCCGGGGCUUUUAUUUUGAAACUCAUGCCAGUCCAACAUGUGGCCACUGAUUUUAGCAGCCAUGUGGAGGUCAGGUCAGCUGCACUGUUUUGCUUUUGAGGAGCAAGGUAUUUUUGUUAACACUCAUGUCUUCUUCACUGCCUUUUUUGCACUUUUAUGUUUUUGCACUACACCAAAUAACUCUGCAGAUCCAAUUGGUCGCACUCCACUCACUCCACAUGGCGCCUUUAGAUGGAACAUGUUGAAUGUAAGGGAACUAAAAUUAAAUCAAAUAAAUUCGGGUGCAUCUUGUAUACAGCUCUUUCAAAUGAAACAUUAGCAACGGUAAUAAUUUGAUCAUUUAAUUCGACAAAUGCAGGAAGUUAAGGUGAACUGCAAUAAUAUGUUUUUAACCCCGAUAUAUGACACCAAAACAAUGAGUUUCAAAAUAAGAGAGAAACCCAGGACAGAUGGUUACCAUGACAAAACAAAGGUUAAUUUCUCCUUGGUGGAUCAUGAAGACGAGGACAAAGAUUUUAAAGGGAAAUUACUGUUAAAUUAUGUUAGCAAUAUUUUCAGUCCUUCAGGAUAACAUCUGUGCGUGUGUGUGUGUUCAGGGGUCAGCCGGGAAGUGUGCCCCCCACUUCCACCCCUUCUCACUCUUACGUUUACUCACAUUGUCUUAACAGUUAGUUACAUGUAAAUUUUCUGAUGAGUUUUGUAUUGAUUUGUUUUUGUAUAAAUUUGCUCAUUUUGUGACAAACUAUUUAUUUUCUAUUUGAACCGGAAGUUCUGACGAUGAAGGUUUAAGGUGUGUGUGUGUGUCUGUGUGUGUGUCUGUGUGUGUGUGUCAGCGUGCGAGUGGGUCUCCUCCUCUCCUUCCUGAGUGACAGGUGAACACUGAAUGUAAAUCCAGUUGAUUGUUUGUCGUUUGCUUCGUCACCAAACACGUGAAAUCUCCCCCGAGCAGUAGAUUUCUGCAGAGAGUGGACUGUUGACUGCACGGUUUGGGACCGCAGUGUUCUCACAUCACGUCCACCUGUGGGAGGAGGCAGUCAGGCGAGGGGUUUGGCGAUCAAGGUGGAUGACGUUUGACCUGUUUCAAGUUUGGCUUUCUAAUCUACUGCCCCCUAGUGGACGCCUCAAAAUGAUAUGUCAGCAGGAGCAUUUGUUUUGUGCAAAUGUUGAACAUCUUUAGUGGAGAAUUUUAUUGAACAGUCCUAUGUCAUAGACCCAAUUCUGACACCAUUUUUUAAAAUAAUUAAUUCUUCAUUUGUUAAUUGGACAACAAUUAACAAAUGACUUUAAUAAUGACUCCGACUUCAUUUCAUGAGGCUCAUAGUAGCUGUUCCACAUGAUGAGAAGUUGAGUGGUGCUGGCCUCCUGCAUGGCUCCAUAGUGAGGCUGGUUCAAAAGGCAGGAGCCCCGGGGGGAUCUCAGGACGUGCUGCAGAGAUCAUGUCUCUCAGUUGACCUUGGAACACCUCGGUCGUCAGACGAGUUGUUUCUGGGAAUACUGGGCCUCUUUACUCUUGCUGCUACCCCCUUGACCUGACCGCGCACACAUGGAGGAGCAUGGAUAGAUGAUGACUCUGUCACAACAUGUCAACACGACUUUGCUAGAUGAAAACGCAGAAACCAAAUUGACUUAGUCGCGACAAUUUUUAUUGAAAAGAAACAGGAAGUGGGAGAGGAGAAGGGAGAUAUGGCAAAGCAGCUCGGCCUCGCUUCUUCGUAGACACGUCGCAGAAGGGGCGGCGCCGAACUGUACACAGCAGAAUAUUUACAUGAAAUCAUUACGUAGCAAUUUCACCGAGGUUCUAGAUUUGCACUGUCUGCCAGAGUCUGUGUUUGUCGUGUGGACGAAUAAAACCGUAGAAUAAGAAGAGGACGUUUAUUUUGGGGACCAACACGGCGACGCGGCCUGAAUGUAGACGCCAUUCCUGCUGUAUGUAAUGUACCGAUGCGUAGACGCAGAAAAACUAUGUGAUGAAAAUGAAACUUCACUUUGAGGAAAACAUGACGACUUGUUAUUGUGUCU